UGGGUAAUCAUGAGUUUAACCUCUAACCUCAUAUAUUUAGACUGAUCCAAGAAUAUUCACAGGGUUCACAAAAUAAUACUAGUAUUCGUAUAAUUUUGCUCUAAUAACGACCCAUUGCUCUCAAUAUUUUAGAAAUUCUACAUUAUUGAUAUAGAUUUUCCAGUUUGUAGCCUUUGAAUGCGUUUGAAGUUUUUAUAAUGAUAUUUCAUGGUAAUUUUACCUGUCUGAGCACAUGGACUGUUCCAGCAAAACAAAGGAGACAAGCAGAGGGAGGAGUCUAUCAUCAAAAAACAUACGUUUGGUUCAAAGUUUUAGCCUGAAGUCCUUGGCAGAAGCUUGAGUUGAUUUAAAAACCAGGAUCAAGUUUGAAGUGGAACAUGGGAGCCAUUCUGAGUGCUGGAUGCUGCGCUGCGCAGCUGGCCUGCUGUUUUGGGUCAGCAGCGUGUUCACUGUGCUGUGCCUGCUGUCCCACGGUGCGCUCCUCCACUACCACCCGGAUCAUGUACACCUUCUUCCUGAUCCUGGGCACAGCCAUCUCCUGUAUCAUGCUGUCCAAAGCUGUGGAGGACAGGAUACAGCAAUCAAUCCCAGGGUUCAGUGAACUUUGUGACUGGUUCAACCUGGGCCCCAACUGUAACAUCAGCCAGCUGAUCGGUUUCAUGGCCGUGUACCGGGUCUGUUUCUCCAUGGCCGCGUUCUUCUUUCUACUCAUGAUCCUCAUGAUCAAUGUGAAAACUAGCCAGGACUGUCGAGCAGGCAUUCACAAUGGAUUUUGGUUCUUCAAGCUUCUGAUUAUUGUUGGCAUCUGCGUGGGAGCCUUCUACAUCCCUAAUGAGCAGAUCUUCCAGCAAGUGUGGAUGUACAUCGGGAUGGUUGGAGCGUUCCUGUUCAUCCUGAUCCAACUCAUCCUGCUGGUGGACUUCGCUCACUCCUGGAACUCCAACUGGGUGAAUAGGGCAGGUGAUGAAAGCUGCAGCUGCUGGUAUGUAGCCCUGAUGAUCUGCACCUUGUUCUUCUAUGCCGUCACACUGGGUGCGUUCAUCGUGCUGGUGUUGUUCUUCACCAAGCCUGCCGGCUGUGAGCUCAACAAGUUCUUCCUGGCUCUCAACCUCAUCCUCUGUAUCCUCAUCUCCUUCAUAUCAGUGCUGCCACCCGUACAGAAAGCUUCUCCCCGAUCUGGACUUCUGCAGGCUUCUAUUAUCUCAGCGUACUGCAUGUACCUGACCUACUCAGCCCUGUCCAGUGAACCUGUGUCCUAUCACAUGGGGAGUGUUUUCAACGCCACCCUGAAUGCCACAGUGGAAGCUCAGGUGGAGGACGGCUGUGUCCCUUCAGAGCUGGUGCGAUCAGACAACAGGAUCGUGUCCGGGGUCAUCGGCAUUCUCAUUAUGUUUGUCAUGGUUGUCUAUGCCAGUCUGCGUACCUCGGCCCAGUCUGACAGACUAGGCGUGUCCACCUCCAGUGCUGAUGCAGCAGAGGCUGGGGAUGCGGGGUGCUGCGGAUGUUGUGGUGGUGUGGAGGAGGAUGGGGGAGAUGAGGAUGGUAAGAAGAUGGUAGACAAUGAGCAGGACGGGGUGGUGUACUCCUACUCCUUCUUCCACUUUGUGUUCCUUCUGGCCUCACUCUACAUCAUGAUGACACUCACCAACUGGUACAACCCAAAGUCAGUGCGAGACGUGCUUGCGUUUGGAUCAACCUGGGCGGCCGUAUGGGUGAAGGUGGCGUCCGCUUGGAUUUGCUUCGCACUGUACCUGUGGACACUCAUAGCCCCCAUGUGUUGUCCCGACCGAGAGUUCCCCCAGUAACCACCAGUUGUCAAUCAUUCGUGUAGGAAGUGGGCAAGUGACAGUGGUUGGUUGGCACUAAUUAGUCCUGUCAACAUAGUUCUGGCAAGAUUUGGCAGCCAUUGGUACCAGUAAUACAACUUACAGAAAUUACCAAUCCUUACUUUAACAAAGGAAAUAUUGAAUUUCACAAAAAGCAAAAAAAGGUUUUAUUAUCAACAUUGGUUUGUGCAGUUGUCAUUCCAAACCAGAAUUUUGUUCACAGAUGCAUGAAUGGUCUCUGUGUAUAUUGUUUACAAAUUUCCCGUGCAGUACAUUUUGUCUGAGCAUUGAAAAUUGGAAGAAAACUGAAGAUGCAUGUCUUAGUUUCUUGUGGUUGACGUAAUGCAUUUUGGUUGAGUGGAAGGAGAAUGGUGGUGGUGUUGCGUAGCCGAUGACCCCUCUUUGGUGACCCUUCCAAUCUGCAGUCACCAUGCUUACUUCUGAUGGCAUCUGGCAGUGGUAGCAUCUGUGUGUUCUCACCAGUGUUAUUUCUUUGCAGCCAUUUGUUUGUAUGCUCCUUGUUUUCAUAACACAAUUCUUCAAGGAAACAACAACUGAAUCUUGCCAUGUAUUUUGUCCCUUUUCUGCAGUUUAUCCUAACAAAACCAUAGACUGUUUUGUGUUUCAUUAAGUUUCAUAAUGUGAUAUCUUUAAAUCUUUAUUAUUUUUUUAUUAUUUUGGUCUGGAAAUGCCAGAUUGUUGCUGCUUGUACUGCAGGUGCCUAUCUUUCUUCUUGAAUGUGUACUGUAUACUGCUACAGAUAUGCACAAUAUUUUUCCAUAUCUUGUAGUAUGGUGGUAGAGGCUUGCACUGUGUUGAGUUUUAAUCUUAAAUGCUUGGUGUAAGCCCAAGGUGCUACUCAUGUAGUUUCUUCACUAUUAUAAUUUUCUCUUCUGGCCACCCCCAUGAAACUCCUUUCUUCCAGAAAUCAUGGCUUGGUGCUGAUGUGUUCUCAAUACUGGGUGGGAUUUGGGCAACACAAUUUGGUAGAAAGUUGGUCAAAAUAUGUGUAUGUACAGGAGGAUUGGCCAUGUGAAACUGUGUGGCAUUGCCAAAAACUAAGCUGUACCGCUACUCAAUAUUCACCAUUUUGGGUGCGCUGGGGUGCACAUAGUUUACAUAAAUUGUCUGAAAUACCCUGCACUGAAAUGCUUCACAGUUUCACAUGGCUAGUCCUUUGGUACACAUCCUUGGCCAGCUCUCCACUAAAUGGUGCUGUCCAAAUCCUAUCUAGUGUUGACUACAUGUACAAACACCUCAGCACCGUGCAAUGACAUAACCAGUUGAAAGGUGUUUAAUGGUUGUGCUAUCAGCACAAAACAACAUGUGCCUUUUUUAUCACAUCUGUGCUCUGGUGUUUGCAUUGGCUGACGUGUAGUUACCAUAACGUCUUGUUUUCUGCCUUCUCUCCACUCUAUAGUCCGGGCAGAGCAAGCAUUGUAAACUUUGGUUUCUCCUGGGCCUCGGUGUGGGUGCGGCUGUCCUCCUGUUGGGCAUGUAUGGUGGUGUAUGUGUGGACUCUGAUCGCACCAAUCUGUCUACCAAACAGGGAGUUCUCAUAGGAACAUUCUUAGAGUCUCUUACACCUCGUGGAAAAGUUUCUACUGUUAGAGACAACUUAUUAGUGGCCAAUGGGUAAGGAUGAAGGGUUUGAUAAGAAGGGAUCUUUUUAGAUGUUUUUAAACAGACAUUUUGAAAAUCAAUAGGCAAUAGUAGCAAAAAGCAACAUCUUUCAAUAGGAUUUUUCUGUAGCAAAGUUGAAAUGUAAUUCCAGCAGAAAAAUUGGACUUACAUGUAACGUUACCCAAGACAGCACUUCUAUGAUGUCAUAUGAUACAGAUAUAACAUGGACUUUGGUGAACAUACAGUAGAUCAUAAGCACUGACCACUGUGUCACAUGUUGGAACUUACAGUUCAACUUUGCUUCAGAUUGAUUUUAACUAACUCAGAUGAACUUUACAACUAAUGACAAGGAUAUUUGCACAUAACGUCACAGACACCAUCCUGGUUGGUUGAACUUUGAAGAGUGAGUGCAAACAAAAUAUGUGAAAAUAAUAAUUGUAUUUUCAUGAAAUGUGUUGUGUGUCUUCAUCCCCCACCCAUGGAUGUAAAAUGUUUGUCAAUUUGUACUACAUGUAAAGAAACUUGUAUAUUUUACAUCUUCUAUUUUUUCAACUCAUGUGAAUUGUUGGCUUAAGCCUUCAUAGGAAAAUGCCUUAUUUUAAAUGUUCAGGAACAAUAACAUGUAACCUCAAUCCAUGAAACCACACUUGCCGUGUUGACUUAUUUAGUUGCUUCACUCAAGUUUCAUGAAUUUGAUAUUUCAUUGACGUUAGGCAAAAAAUGUUCAAUUAUAUGUAGUUUCCCCAUUCAACAAUACACAUGAAAGUGUGCUAGUAAAUCAGUUCACUUAACCAAAUUAUACACUUUUAGUAAUUAGAAACAAUAGUAAGAAUGGAUUUUAAUUGAAGAGAUUAUCCGAUUAUAAAGCCAUACUUUAUUUGAUGACCCCUCUAUUGGAGUAUAAGUAUACACCACCAAUACUGGAAUACAGUUUUUUCCUACCAGUAAAAGAAACAUUGAAAAGAAGUAACAGUUGAACACAUUUGGUACCAUACAUGUAUAUUAAACUGGACCAAUAAAACCUGUACCAUAAGUAGUCAUGUAUCUAUGAAAACCAUAGUGUUGUAAGCUCAACAAAAUAACAUUCGCUAUAGUUAAUAAGGAUCAUUAUGACAGUGGCUGCAAAGGUGUCUUGAUGCUUGCCUGAUGAACCAUGUUUGUGUACAGAUUUAUUUUGUUAGUAACAGUCCAAGGUCAAUGCAAAGAACAUGUUAUUUUAAAUAUUGUACAUUUAUUUGGUGAGUACUAGUGGUGUAGGUUGAGUAUUUCCUUGUACAGCAAGUCAACAAAUGUUUUUAGUUGUUUGAUUUAACAAGUUAAUCAAGGAUCUAGUGAUGUACAUUGUAUUACUGUAAAUUUGUCUUUUUACAAUUGUUUGAUUUAUAAGCUGCUGAUCAUUCUCUUUACAAUAGAAUCAAAAGUGUAAGUAUAGGAGAGAUUUACUUGUUCUUAAAUUAGUGCAAUUGCUUUUAGCAAUAAUUGUAACAAUCAAGAGAAGAUACAAAUUUGCAUACAACAAUUUUAUUCUAAUCUGAUGCAGGGUGUAUUUACAAAAGUUUAACAUUGCAUAACGAUGUGAUAUGAUACAUUAUGUUUUAGUUGUGUACAAUGUAAUAUAAUUAUGCACAUCAUCUGCUAAUCUGGAUGUAUUUCACUGAUAAUAUAGAUUUUGUACAUGUAUGAAAGGUGAUAUUUUUAGCAUUUAGGAUCUGACUUUAUAUCAUGCAGAAAAUGCUUACAUGCAUCCAACCAACCACUGUCUAAAGCUUAUACAAUUGCCAGAGAAAAUUAUGAGGUGAACUGUGAAUUGAUGAAUGUAAUUUUGUGUGUGCAUGUGCAAUGAAAUGUCAUUAAUAAGUUUUAUUCAAAUGAUAAUCAAGGCUGCAUGUUUGCAACUGUAGCAGAAAUUAAAGUGUCAUGAAAAAUA